UUGCUUAUAAUGAGAAUCAGUCAAGCAGAAUAAAUACCCAGUUAAUAAUAGUCACAGUAAGAGCAUUUCAACUUGGACAUACAUAGAUAUAAAACUGAACAACAGCAUUUAGAAAACUGAAAAAAAAGACUUGGAAAUUAUAAAAAUAAAAUAUACAAUCAUCAGAAAAAAAUGUCACAUUUCACAUUCGACAAUCUUGUAUCAGACCUGACCAAACUUGAUGCUCCUCUACAAAGUGGACCGCCCAUGAGAUGGCGCAGGAAGGCUUCAAGUGGACUCGAACCUGGAGGGCUUUCUCCCAGACUUUCUAACAGAACUCCAGGGCUUACUCCAAAUGUACCAGAUUCUGCAAAAACAGUAAAAACUCCUGGAACUGCCAAAACUCCUGGGAAAUCUGAUAAAGGACUAGGAGUACCACAGAACAAAGGCCGUUGGAAAACACCAUCUAAGACGCCAAAUAAAGGAGGACAGCAAGAUAGGUUUAUUCCCAACAGAGCAACAUCAGACAUGGAUCUCGCUGGUUUUGCUAUUCAAAGUGGUGAAGAUGAGGAGAAUGUCUCUCCGUCUAAAGUUGAGUACCGGAAACAGUUAGGCGAAGCUAUGAAUGUACCAGAUAACGUUAAAAUCUUGUCUUACCAAGAAAAUAAACCAAAACCUGCUGAAGGACACACCAACAACCUACAGGUUAUCUACAGUAAGAAGGCAUAUGGAGGCUCAGGACAGGGGUCAAACAGGGUCAUACCCCAGGUACCGGAGAGGAUCCUUGAUGCCCCGGAACUUCUAGAUGACUACUACUUGAACUUACUGGAUUGGUCAUCAAACAACCACGUGUCAGUGGCGCUUGGAAGCUCCGUGUUUAUCUGGGAUGCAAGUUCUGGUAGUAUUGUACAGCUAAUGACAAUGGAGGAACAGGGCCAAUAUGUUUCUGCUGUAAAAUGGAUUGAGCAGGGAUCCAUCCUUGGUGUUGGAACCAGUCAGGGUCAUGUUGAGUUGUGGGAUGUAUCUGUACAGAAGCGAAUCCGAUCAAUGACUGGCCAUGCUGCUAGAGUUGGCUCCCUUUCCUGGAACUCGCACAUUCUGUCAAGCGGUUCUCGCUCAGGUGUCAUACAUCACAGUGAUGUGAGGGUCGCUGAUCACUGUGUCGGCGUGCUAAACAGCCAUACCCAGGACGUAUGCGGAUUGAGCUGGUCCCCUGACGGGAAGUACCUUGCCAGCGGAGGUAACGAUAACAUCCUCAACAUCUGGAACAAUCACCUGGGAAACGAUGUAACCCCACUGCUUAGUCUGACACACCACCAGGCUGCUGUGAAAGCCCUGUCUUGGUGUCCAUGGCAACCAAACAUUCUUGCCAGCGGUGGAGGUACUGCAGACAGACAUAUCAGAAUAUGGAAUGUUAACACUGGAAGCAAUCUGUCGGCUGUUGAUGCAAAGUCACAGGUAUGUGCAAUCUUGUGGUCCAAAGAGUAUAAAGAACUGAUAUCUGGUCACGGAUUCUCUCAGAAUCAGCUGUCCAUCUGGAAAUAUCCUGAUCUCACAAAACUUACUGAUCUUGAAGGUCACAAGGCUCGAGUCCUGAACCUUGCCAUGUCUCCUGACAACACAAUGGUGGCAAGCGCUGCGGCUGAUGAAACGAUCCGUAUCUGGAACUGUUUUGCUGCAGACAAAACAAAGAAGACUGUCACAACUAAACCGGGCAAACAAAAGACGGAACAUGUCUUACUCAAGGCUUCACAUAUCAGAUAAAAAGAGACACAUUUUUGAAGUUGAUGCAAACUAUUAAGUGAUUUACUACAUGCAUAUUGAGACGAACCUCUGAUGAGCAUGAUCGCUGGGUUAACCAAUGUGUUGUUGCUAAGAGGUUUUGCUCGGGAGAGGUUGAUUCGCUACAAAACUUGUCUAGUCAAAAAGAAAACACUGUCCUUUCAUAGAAUAUGAACCCCUAUAUUACUUAAAUGUUCAGGUUAAUAUUUUGAUGCACUUUCACUAAUAUCUCUGUUAUAACUCUAAGGCCUGGAUUCAAAUUUAAAUUACCACUUAACUGAUAUUAGACAAGUUCUAUAUUUGUUGUAUCAACAUUUCAUGAACUAUGUACUUUUUUCUUAGAAUUUCGCGUUAAAGUUGUAAUACUCUUUCACCUUAUCACUGUUUUUUCUUAACUGGUUGAAUUGAAACUAAGAUUUUAGUUCAGAAUUAUUUCCCCACAACAUAUGAUACAAGGUACAUAACUCUGGCUGGAAUAUUCCAUGGAUUAUGAUCCUGUCAAACAAUUUCAUGUUCAGAUUUAGAUGCAUAUUCACUGUAUCUCUGUUAUUACUGAAUGCAUUGCGUUCAACCGUAAAAUAAGUGUUCCACAUCUUCACACACGUAGCACACAAGGUCCAUAAAGUGCAGAUAUGCAUGAUAAACUAAUUUUAGGGACAAUCAUACCUUAGUCCCUUAUUUAGAUAAACAUGUUCAAUAGUGAAAAUCUGUGCAGAGAAAAUAUAUACUUCAAUCAUACAUGUAUAUGUGAAAAUCAAUGCAAAUCAUUGUAUAUAAUUUAUCAGAUGUAAAACUGAAUUAAAUCAUUCUAAAUUGA